CCUCCCGCCAGCACCGGAGCCGCAUCCUCGCCGCCGCCGCCGCCGCUGCUGCCAACCGCGGCCCACGUGCGUCGUAGCUCCUCUCUCAGCAGCCCUUCUUUGGGACCGGCAUCCGACUUUCGAACCAGCAGCCCCGCCGCUAGGAUGGCAGCCACGACAGGAUCGCUGGAGGCGGUGAAGCGCAAGAUCCAGGCGCUGCAGCAAGAAGCCGACGAGGCCGAAGACCGCGCCCAGGUCUUGCAACGCCAGCGCGAUCAGGAGCGGGAGCUGCGCGAGAAAGCUGAAGGAGAGGUGGCUGCUCUCAAUCGCCGGAUCCAGCUGGUGGAAGAAGAGCUGGAUCGCGCCCAAGAGCGCCUGGCCACAGCUCUGCAGAAACUAGAGGAGGCGGAGAAAGCAGCUGACGAGAGCGAGAGAGGCAUGAAGGUCAUUGAAAACAGAGCUAUGAAGGAUGAGGAGAAAAUGGAGAUUCAAGAGAUGCAGCUGAAGGAAGCCAAGCACAUUGCUGAAGAAGCUGACCGCAAAUAUGAGGAGGUUGCCCGUAAGCUUGUCAUUCUGGAGGGAGAACUGGAAAGAGCUGAAGAACGAGCUGAGGUGUCUGAACUGAAAUGCAGUGACCUGGAGGAAGAACUCAAAAAUGUCACCAACAACCUGAAGUCCCUUGAAGCUCAAUCAGAGAAGUAUUCUGAAAAAGAGGACAAGUAUGAAGAGGAAAUCAAACUUCUGACUGACAAGCUGAAGGAGGCUGAAACACGAGCUGAGUUUGCAGAGAGAACAGUUGCUAAACUGGAAAAGACCAUUGAUGAUUUGGAAGAAAAAGUUGCCCUAGCGAAAGAAGAGAAUUUGACUCUGCACCGAACGCUGGAUCAAACCCUGUGUGAACUGGGCAGCAUAUAAAAUCGUGUGGGGAAAGCACCCAGACGUUGAAGGUCAACAAACCCUGACGGUCAUGUUUGGAUUGGCAGCUUCUUUUUUCCUAAACCCACUUUUGUCUUUUCUUUUCUUUCACAUUCUGCAAAGAGCAAAUAUGGGACCAGAUCUUUUCUCCUCCUCCCCCUCCCCCCACUUUUGAAAUAUUAAGGCUUUAGGCACAAACUGAAUUUAGGCUUCUAUUCUUACCCUGUCCUAUAUGACAAGCACAUUGUGAAACUGGAAAAGUUGUCUUUUUAAUCUUUUUUUUUUUUGUAUGUGGAUCCUUCCAAGGUGCUAGGCCCCAUCCAGUACUGGAAACACACAAUCCAUACGUAUUCUGCAAAAAACUGCUUUUGUUGUUGUUGCUGUUUUGCCAGUAAGGUGCUUUUCAUGGCAGUUUGCAGCAGAACACACAUUUGCCCUUGUGUGUGGAUCUGGGUGAAUCCUCUGUGGUAGGAUUCUCACGUCCUUGCUUUGAUUUAAGCAGUGCCAGGGCAAGUUUUCUGCCUUAGAUUCCUGAAUGUUACUGUGAACAAGGGAAAUUUCCUUGCAAAAAUGUAACAAAAGAUAACAAAUUAGCCUGCACAUUCCUUAGGCAGUUUCAAGGCUGGAAAUACUUUUCUAUCAGUACAACUGGAAUAGAGGGAGCUCGGUCCCCACCCUACCUCCAAAUCCUUGCAAAUUCCCUCCAAAACUCCUCCAGAUAGGGAACAGGGGCACAGUAAGGGUAAGGGCAGGGCAAAUGGGUUUUAAUUCGCAUAGCACUGGAUUCCACGGUGGGUGCCUUCAUUAUAAAGGCUGCAACUGUUUUUCUAGUUUAUACCACUGCUCCAAAUAAUGUCCUUUUUUUGGUUCAUCUCCUUGAAGAUUUCAGAUGCAGGGGGAAAAAACCCCCACGUUUUCCUGUUGGUCUACUUCUUUGUGCUCUGAUAGGAAAAGAGUUGCUUGUGUGUUUUUUACUUCUGUAUUUAUUCAAUUUUACAAGGUGGGGAAAAAUUGCCCAAAAAACACCCAAUCUGUAUUAAAACUUUCUAAAGCUCCUGUAAGAGAAUCCUGUAACACGAUUUUUUGAUCUAAUAAUAAUUGUUUUUAAAAGUA